AUGGAAUCGUCAUCGAAGGAGCUGCUACGUUCUGUUAGAGACGGUUCUUUGGAAAACAUACAGCGUGCUCUGCUUCAUAACGGUGACGUCAAUACGACAGACGACAGUGGGAAAACCUCGCUCAUGAUCGCAGCAGCAGAAGGAAGAUGGAGUAGUCUCUCGUGUCUAAAACUCUUGAUUCAAAAUGGCGCCGAUUUAAACAUGGUGGAUAACAAGGGGAGGUCGGCGAUCAGCGCCAUAGAUGGAGAUGGACCAGUUACUUUAAUGUUUGAAAAGUUAAAAGUUCUUUUGGAAGCAGGCGCAGAUCCCAACAAGGGCUUGUUUUACAGUUUUCCAACGUUAAUGGAAAUCGCCUUCGAUCAAGAGAAACUUGAUAUAAUUCGCUUGCUCCUCCGUCAAGGCGCUGACCCCAAUCUGUGGGGAUUCCCAGCACGAGCUUUCCAUUGCUUAAUACGGGCUGGCCAUGAAAAUCUCAUUCGGAAUAUGAUUACCAAUGGGGCUUUACCGGAAGAUACGUUAGCCAUCUGGGCCUCACCAAGUAGUAAAAUCUUCGUGUCCCCUUUGACAACAGCUCUCUUCUAUGACAAGAUCGGACUAGCUCGUUACUUUAUAGCGAAUCUGUUUAUGACAAAGAACGAUCUUUGUGACUGCGCUCUAAGACAGAGUACAUUAGCAGCAUCUAUGAGAGGGCGUGACAUUGCCGGUCUAAAUCUACUUAACAGCUUGCGCAACAAACCGUUUCCUUUGCGUAUUUUGUCAUUUGUCACCGUUUCAGAAAGCAUCGGAAACAAGGCAGGUCGCCAUGUUGGCAUCCAAAAGACUCCUGAGAUUCCUGAAGAUUUGAAA